AUGUGGCAUCACCUGCUGCUUCUCGGCUGUAAAGCAGGUGUUCCCUUCUCCCCGCACAGCAGUACAGGGGUUAAAAUCCUGUGGCGGUGUUUAGGCACCAUGAAACUAGAGUCCUCGGAAUUCCAAUCCCUCUUCACACCAGGACUGAAGAGCGUUGCAGGUACUAACGUUUCUCUAUUAUUACUACUAUGGUUUUAUGGUUGUUCAGGACCCAGCUGGUGACGGAGUGUAGAACAAACCCCAGAGCACCAGUGAUAACGGACAUCAGAAAUGAAAUGGGAAUUUUGCUGCUGGGGGAAGGGGUUUGCACCAAUCCUUUUAGCAGCGUUGGUUCAUUUCAGUACAAGAAAAGUCAUUUAGAGCUGAAGUAAACUAUUCCUGUUCUGAGAGGGCACAAAUGGACCCAAGAUAUCUUGGUUUUAUUAACUGAUAGAUGGAAUCAUCAUUUCUGCUAGUGAAAUCACAUCAACCUUAGUGGGCUUGAAUUAGUACAAGUGGCAGUUACUACUCUCAAGAUUUUUUCAAAAAAAGUUUUUCUAAUGAUUGUUUUUUCCCUCCACCGCCCAGAAUUAUUUGACAAAGCAAAGUAUGAAUUGAGGAUAGCAGGAGGUGCAGUAAGGGACUUACUCAAUGGAAUGAAACCACAAGAUGUUGACUUUGCCACCACUGCUACUCCUACUGAGAUGAAGGAAAUGUUCCAAGCUGCAGGUGUCCGAAUGAUCAACAACAGAGGGGAAAAACAUGGAACUAUCACUGCCAGGGUAAGAAGAUUUUGCAAGUCCCAGGCUGGGAAAGUCUGCUCUUUAACCUGCUUUCAUAGAUAAAUAUGUAUUUAUUUACUUCAAAUUUGUUUCUAGAAAUAUAAGGCACUAAAUGUGAAUCUCCACCACCCUUCCACUAGAUAUCCUACUGUAGUGUCGGCGAAUGUUUGUGAAUAUCCUAAUAGCUAAGGACAGAUGCUCAGUAUACAGAAUGUUAACAAUUAGGUUGCAUGCAGUCUAAUGGGACAUGCAAAUAAUUUAGUUUCUUUCCAUGUGAAAAAGGGGUGCUGUUAUCAAAAAGGUGAACAAAUGCUUUUACAAAAUUCUGUUAUAGCUCCAUGAGGAGAACUUUGAAAUUACCACGCUUAGACUUGAUCUGGUUACUGAUGGGAGACAUGCGGAAGUGGAAUUUACAACUGACUGGGAAAAAGAUGCUGAGAGGAGAGAUCUCACAAUCAAUUCUAUGUUCUUAGGUAACUCCCCUUCACAACCCUCUGACGUGCCAUUCUAGUUUAAAGCCAGGCCACCCACACAACUUUUUACCUGAACAAAUCUUUGGUCCGAAGUCAAUUGCUACAUCUCGCUUGUCAAAAGUAAUUGGGGUGACCAGAUUGAAAAAUUCCUGGGACCCACAUACUAUAUAUGCAGCAAGCUUGAGUUGCCUGGCGGGGAGAGGGAUAUAAAUGUAACCAAAAAAAAGUAUUUAUUAUUUCUUUGACUAGUUUAUGUGACAUGGACAAUUGGAACCCAGCACAAAAGUUUCAGUGUGGAGUGCUCGCAUUGAGAGUUUCAGACAGCAGCCCUGCCCAUUUCCAGGAGACUUCAUUUCUUUUCCCAUCUCUGUUCCUCCAUUCCCCCUUCCCCACAACAAACUCUUGGGGUUCUGUGGCCACUGAGCAAGCUCAAUUCUCACCAGGCUGUUUUUUAUUCCCUGCCCCCUUCCUCCUAAAGUCUUUUUGUACUUCCGCAUAUUUUGGGAUUCCUCAAGUCUGCUGAUAUUCAUCUCUUGUUGCAUGGUGCUAUUUUGGCUUCAUUAGGCCUGCAUGUUGAGAAGGUUAUUUUGGCAUGUAGGCAACCAUGGUUGAACUUUCUGGCAGCCUACCUCUAUCAAAAAUACUUCACUGAAGUAAACUUGUGAACUGAAGUAAACUCAUGCCUUUAUUUGCUUUGUAGGUUUGGAUGGAACACUCUAUGAUUAUUUCAAUGGCUAUGAUGAUUUAAAAAACAACAAAGUCAGAUUUGUCGGACAUGCAAACCAGAGAAUACAAGAGGAUUACCUAAGAAUUCUGCGAUACUUCAGGUAGCUUUCGGACAAGAUUAUUGGGGCUGCCCUUGAAGACAACUCAGAAACUACAACUGGUCCAAAGCACAGCUGCCGGAUUGCUGGCUGGGGUUCGAUUUAGAACACAUAUAACCCAUGCCUAACUUUGUGUAAAAGUUAGCUGGUGGCUCAUGCUUUUAGUUUUUAUGUGUUUUUAAUUGUGCAUAUAAAAUUGUUUUAAGCUAGUUUGGUAUUUUUUAUGAAGCUGCAGUAUACAAGUAUUUUUGAACAGCUUCACGUCUUCGCUCACCCAAGAGGGGGGGUGUGGACCCACACUGAGACAGUGCACCAAGGCAUUGCUCAUUCAGCUCUCCCUUUUUCUCUUCAGGUUAUUCAAUAUCCGUAUGUGGUACUAGCAUCUCAAAUGUCUGCACUUUCAAAAAGGAUUAUUUUUAGUACAGGCAGUGAGUGACCAUUUUAGGUGCGUCCAGUUGGCCAACAGGAUAGCUCAGUUGGUUAGAGUGUGGCCCUGACACGUGGGUGCUUUUGGACCUGGAAGAGGGCAGGAUGAGGGCUGGGAAUGGAAAUGUUGCAUGAAAUGGUCACCACCUGUAUUAUUUAUUGAAUUUCUAUACCACCCUACCUCCAAAGAUCUCAGGGCGGUUCACAGCAUAAAAUGCAGAAUAGAACAAUAAAGUACACAAUAAAAACAAUAACACCCCCUCCCACAAACACAUUUAAAAGGACACAGACUGAUAAUCAGCCAAAGGCCUGGUUGAAGAGGAAUGGUGAUAACCAGCAUUCCAACUUGACAUUUGAUAAAAACAGAUUUGCUCCAGGUACUAAAACUGAUCUCUCUCUCUCUCUCUUUCCCCAUGCCAGAUUUUAUGGACGGAUUGCAGGAGAACCUGGCCACCAUGAACCUGAGACUCUGGAAGCAAUCAAAGAUAAUGCCAAAGGUUUGGCUGGAAUAUCGGGCGAGAGGAUUUGGGUGGAGUUGAAAAAAAUUCUUGUUGGAAACCAUGUCAAUCAUCUCAUCCGCCUAAUGUACGAACUGGAUGUGGCUGGCUAUAUAGGUAAAGUGCUGUGUUUUACAUAGCAGUAAUGCUUAUCUCAGCCAGAGGUAGCAGUGGGGGAAAGUGACAUAACCUGCAGUGAAUAUCUCUGUCCUUUGUUUGAACACAAGAAGAGCCUGUCAGAUCAGACCAGAGAUCUAUCUAGUCCAGCAUUCUGUUCUCACAGAUGCACAAUAGCAUUCCUGUGGGUGUGUUGCAGUAACUAUUAUGCCCAUGCAGUGUAUCUAAAGCUGCUCUGAUAGGCACCAGGCAAAAACUAUCAUUUAUAACCAGGCCUUUGGCCUUUUACAAUCUGUGGCCUUUCAGAAGUGGGUGGGAUGUUUCUAUUGUACUUUUCCCCCCUCUUGGUCUUAAUGUGGGAUUUUUUGUCUUGUUUGCUUGUGAGUUGCUUGGGUUGCCCUGGACAAGAUAAAGUGACUAACAAAUUCAAUAAACAAUAAUACAGUCGUACCUUGGAAGUCAAACAGCUUAGUUGCCGAACAUCUUGGCUCCCGAAUGCCGCAAACCCAGAAGUGACUGUUCUGGUUUGCGAACUAUUUUUGGAAGCCAGACAUCUGGUGGGGCUUCCAAUUGGCUGCAGGAGCCACUCAGAAGCCACACUUUGGUUUUCAAACAUUUUGGAAGUCGAACAGACUUUUGGAACAAAUUCCGUUUAACUUCCAAGGUACGACUAUAAUAGCCCUUAAGUCUAGCAGGCAAGGCUAGGCUCUUCUUCCUUAAGUCAAACUCGCAUUAACAGCCCUGCUUGUAUAUUGGUUGUAGAACAUCAUUCAUCAGUAGUUCCAACAGUUGCCCUGUCCCAGUUCUGGUGCAAGGCGACCAGUUGUGGUUUGGGACUAAUGUUGCCACUCGCUACUGCAUUCUUGUUUGCCAUUUUCUAAACAGCUUUUCUGAUUUCUUGGUUUCAUUAUUCUCAUGUUCCUUUUUUGUGUGUCUCCCUCAGGAUUACCUGUUAAUGGGAGCCUGCAGGAAUUUGACACAGUCUGUAAAAAUGUUCAGAAUCUCUUUCCAAAACCAAUGACCGUUCUAACAUCACUGUUAAAGGUGCCAGACGACGUCUCGAAACUGGACAUAAGGCUGAAAAUUUCAAAAGAUGAAAGAAACCUUGCACUGUUUCUGCUGAAGCACAGGAGAGACUUGGUCAAAGCUACUGAUACCACAGAGCCACUCAAACCAUAUCAAGAGUUCAUUAUAGAUGUAAGUGACUAUUAUUAUUAUUAUUAUUAUUAUUAUUAUCACCAUCAUCAUCAUCAUGCCACUGCUCUGUGUUGCCCAAGCCACUCUGGGCAGCCUCCAACAAAUUAUGAAAACACAGUAAAAAGUCAAACAUUUCUUUAAAAAUACUGUGCCAGAGGCUUUUAUUGGAUGGUGCUCAACUCUUCAGGUUUUUUUAUUACUACAGUAGACACUCGGGUUGCGAACGUGAUCUGUGCGGGAUGCACAUUCGCAACCCGCAGCGUUCGGGACCCGCGUCUGUGCAUGCGCAGGUUGCGAUUCGGUGCUUCUGCGCAUGUGUGGCCGCCGAAACCCGGAAGUAACCCAUUCCAGUGCUUCUGGGCUUCGGUGGUCCAGAACCCGAAAAAACGCAACCUGAAGUGGCUGUAACCCAAGGUAUGACUGUAUUAACCUGCUGUUAGUUACCAGUGCCGCAUUGUCUCCCCAAAGCAGAUAAAACCUACUGGUUGGGAUGAACGCAAGAAGGAAAUGGGAAUUGGCUUCUUAAAAAUACACAGAGAGUGCACUUUAGCUUGUCUACCUCUUUAUACCCAUUUAGACAUAACCAUUACCUGAAUUUUAGCUGUGAAGGCUCUAUGUCGAAACAUCGCUGGCUAAGCUAGAGCCGGAGAGAAUCAUGGGUGCAGUUCAAAAGGUUCUGACACAUUAUUCAGGAGAGUUCCCCAGGUCUGGCCUUACACAAACUUCCAUGAUUAACUUUGCUUAGAAUCAGAGCCAAGAAAGAAAGGCUUUUAAAGUUGUUGGUGUUGUACUGGAAAUGUAUAGCUGUUCAGUAAAAAUUGUUGUGUAUACAGCGUGGUGUGACUGGCUGCAAUGCUCAUUUGACCAUUCAGCCAAGACACUGCAGCAUACCAGAACUGAGAGGAGUGAGAUCAGCAUGUUGCAAAUGUGGCAGCAAAGCCAAGCCAGCACCCCUUCUGGUUUAUUUGCACCAUGCCACCAUAUUUGUGCCCUGGUCUGUCCUGGUAUGCUCAGUGACUCAGCUGUGCAACACAGCCCCGCUACGCCACCCACUGCUGCUGCAGAUGUCUUGUGUUCAGGUCUCUCACAAUGUUAUGAUGUGUGUUUUGUGAAGUCAAGGGAGGCUGACUCAGCAUCCAGAAUCUGUGAGCUUCUGAAGUACCAAGGAGAAGGACUUCUUCUGAAGGAAAUGCAACAGUGGUCUGUCCCUUCUUUUCCUGUAAGCGGCCACGACAUAAGAAAAAUGGGGUUUUCAUCCGGGAAAGAAAUCGGGAUACUCUUGCAGCAGCUGCGGGACACGUGGAAAAAGAGUGGAUACCAGAUGGGAAAGGAAGAACUCUUAAGCCAUGUAAAAAAGGUGUAAAAAUAAUGAUUAAAAAUGUAAAGUAAAUUGAGUACAUAAAAUUGUAUCAAAGUCUGCAUGUAAAUAUUCCAUUGUUCAUACUCACUUGGGUUUCAAGCACUGUUGGAAUCAUCGGGAUUAUUCUUUUUGAUGGAUUUUUUUUUUUUACAAUUAAAGUGCAAAACAUUUCACAAGAAGCUGUGUUCUUCUACUAAUGUGUGGUUAUAUUUUCCGAGUAAGAAAUGUAUUUUGUAUUUUUACUGAACUAUUUAAGAAUGCCCUUGUGGUGUUAAGUUGUGCUUUGUUCUUCUACGUGCAUAUGCUGCAAAAGUCUGAAACGGUUUGCAAAUUUUAUGUUUAGUGCAAGUUUGGGUAAUGGUACGACAGCAGUAUUUGUCCACUAGGUGGCAGUACAUAGGAACCUUUAUAGCUGCAAACAAAAUACACUGGAUCCAGAAUUGGCUUCCAGUUAAUUACGGACACACCGUUAACACCAUAUUCAUGGAAGACAAUCUUACUCAGCUAUGAGUGAUUGCCAAAGAAGACUGUAUUUACACAUUAAAUGACUUUUGUGGAGGGAAAUAUUCAUUGACUGCUGCUGCUGAAGACAGUUUUACUACCCGAGUCCCAAGAUCUGGUAGUGUCAAAAAUUGUAUUAUUUAUUUGAUGGCAAUAAUGCUAAUAGGUGUAUAAGCUUAAUCCUGGCCACCAAUCCUUCAUCUGUCAACCUUUAAAAUGAUUCUUUGACUUUUUAACAAGCUUCAAGAUCGUAGGGAGGUCUGACGUCUUGUAUUAUAGAAAGCCUUGUUAAUUCUUCUGGGCUGUUUCUCAAUCUACUGACAUGCACAGUGUUCAAGACUCCCCGGUUUAAGGGAACUAAGGAGGCUGCUCAAAGCAGUUCCUUUCUUUUCCUAUGUACAUCAUUUCUGGCUCAGUGCUUCCCUUAUAUGAUAGAAGUGAUUUCACUCAGUGUGGCUUCUGUGUCUGUAGACUUUAAUGUUUCCUACUGCCAUUUACUUUUGGAAACCUAAUUGUCACAGGGCAUUAGUUUCAUGAUCACACAUGUCCCAAAGCCUUUAUUUAGCAAGAUGAAUUGGGAAAAAAAGCAUCAAUCCUUACAGUAAAUUAAGAUAAAGUUGCAGAGCACAUGGGUCCCAGUAUUCUUCAUACAUACCGUAUUUUUCGCUCUAAGACGCACCUAGUUUUUAGAGGAGGAAAACAAGAAAGCAACGCAAAGCCUCUUAAGUGAAGAGGGAGGAGCGCUCCUGCUGCGCUCAAGAGGCUUUGCGUGGCUAUCCCUGAAGCCAGAAGAGCAAGAGGGAUCGGUUCUGGCUUUCUGGGAUAGCUGUGCAGCCUGCAAUCACUCCAUAAGACGCACACACAUUUCCCCUUCCUUUUUUAGGAGGAAAAAAGUGCCUCUCACAGAGCGAAAAAUACGGUAUUGUGGUAUGUAUUGUGAACAUAUCAUUUCAUGGGAAUGGGAGGCAUUCAUGUAAGCCAAACGUAAUUAAGAGGCGCAGCAAACCAGAACCCUCAAAACAUUGACAUUCUUUCCCAAACCUGUCCAUUCCUCAAGCCCCCUUAAGUAUGAAGUUUAGAGACCUGUAUUUAAAAAGCCUAACUUGUGCUACCAUCUCCUCAAACUUCUGUAUUAACUCUACUUCUGCUGAAAUUAGGCAUGAAAAGUCAGCCCUAUUGUAGCCAAUAGAAGGCUUUUGAACUACAAAUUGGGGAGGUGAGGUUAACUGCCCUCUCUAAAAAUAUCCCACCGAGAUACACAAUUAGGGUUCUUUUGAGCCUAAUUGCUGUGGGUGAGUGGCAGUUUUGGGGGGCCUCUCCCUACUAUAACUCCUGCCCCCCCAUCACCCCUCUCCUGCCUCAAUUAGGGGUGGGUAUGUUUGUUUGUUUGUUUGUUUGUUUUAAAAAAGCCUACUAUUGGUUCCAAUAGAAGAUGUCUCUUCCCACCCCCAAUUACACCAGAAAAACCCACCCUCUUCAUUGUUGCAGGGUGGGGAGUGUUGUGGAGAAUACAAGUAGGGAGGCAAAUCAUACACACAUACCAAUUAGGCUUGAAAUGAAGCAAAAACACUUUUUGUAAGCCUAAUUGCUGGCAGAGGAGUGUUGUAUGAGCCCCAUGACAAUUCUAGUUUGCAAAGGUUCCCAUGAGCCCAGAAAGGUCAGUGGCCUCUGGCUUAAAUACUGUAGUCUGCAGUAUGCAUGGUCUGUCAGGAACCCUGCAUAAACUGCAAGGCAACCCAUGAUUCAAAAUGCUUUAAAAUGACCUACAUUCCCAUAUAAAAAUAAAUGAUCCACUUACUUGGUUUUUUGGUUGAAGCGCAAACCAGCUGUAGUUAUCACCAGGAAGAUUCUAUUCUGUGCAAACUUACCUGUGCAUGUUUGUGAGGGAAACACUGUUACAAUAUUAAUACAAUAUUAAUUAGGGUAUGUACAUAUUAAGGGGCAAGAUGCAAUUUGCUUCAGAGGCUCAGCAAAACAUUAAACUUUGAAAGUCAAUGGAACAGACUGGUUUCUACUACAAGUAUCUUACAAUGGUUUGUAAAUGUAAUUAUCAGAGGGGCCAGGGAAGGGAAGGGGUAUACAUAAAUUUCAUUACAAAGUAAUUCAGGCAGCAAAUUAAAUCUGCAUAGGAAACUGCAAGGGAGCAAUUUUCCUUACAGAUUAACUCCAAACCUGAACUUCUGACAGCGAAUAUGCUGGUGCCGCUAUCAAGGAGGAAAACAAGUGGUAGCUCUGUGUUGCAUAGAAAAUAAAUCUAGUAUGAGAUUAUUCCUGCUCUAAGGCUGCAUUAAUGAGGUUUAUAGACCUUUCUCAGAGUUUUUAGAUUUCCACAAUGAACAUGGCUCUGCAUUUAUAAUUUUCAUCCUUUACCACUUAUAGAGCGAAGAAUCUGCGCAAGAGGUUAAUUUCAAUCAACCAUUGACUAAUUUCUACACACAUUCUUGCUGA